AUGAUAUAAAAUUGGUUCAAAUAAUCCCUUGUGCCUACUUUUAUAGCACCUCCUAAAUAAUCGGUUUAUCUCACAAAAGGAAUGUUAAUUCCAGAAGAAUUUAUUAAUGUAAAAAUAUUUUAAAUGAAUAUUAGGCUGGGGAUCGUCUGAUAAGUAAAAGAGGUAAUUGGAAAUGGUGUAAGGCAAUUAAUGAUCAAAAUAAAAACAAGUAUUUGCCAGAUGACAAAUAGUUUUUAAUUCAAGAAAAUAUAAUCUCAUAUAAGAGAAUUAAAGAUUUAAAUAGCCAAAGCACUUUCUUUGAAUAAUAAGAGGGAGAGGAACUCACAGUUAUUCGGAUAAAGAUCAGCCAACAUAACAGAUUACAUAAAGCCAAGAUAGAUAUUACACUUUGUACAUUACUUAUGAUCUCUAUUAUUUCACUCCUAGAUUGUAUUUGAGUGGCAAAGU